AGCUGACCAUUACAGCUGAUCACGAUUACAGCAAAAGCAAGAGAAGAUUGUUGAUUUAUUUUUCUUAUCUCAAGAAUAGUAAUUUACGAGUGAUUGUCUUUAAUGUUUAUUAGUUUAAAUUUGCUUAAUGCAUCUAUAAAGAGAAUUUCAACUAAUGCUAGUCAUUUUAAGAUACCAUUUGAUUUGCAUUAGAACCACGUGUAGGUAUUUUCGAUGUGAAUAGAUCUUUGGUGUUUUCGCAAUUUUACCCCUUGCUUGCCUUUGUGUAUGAAGUUCAGCAAGUAAACAAACGCAGUAAGCAACAAAGGAUUAUGGAUUCGGUUUGUUUUGAGUUACUGUGACAAGUUAAAGUUAGCCAUUUAUUUCGUUUGUAUAAUAUAAACUGUUCAUGAAGCUUUGGUUAGGCUAAAAGGAUUAUUCUAGGCCUACUAACAGGUGUGCUGAGUGAGGGGAGAGAUGGUCAGUAUGAGCUCCACUCUGGUGGAGACUGUCUCCAUCAACUAUGAGGACUUCAACGAGAGCUUUCUCACCUGCGGCACGUGUUUAUGCAUGUAUGACGGAGGUGAGCACACACCCAAGCUGCUGCCUUGCUCACACACUGUCUGUCUACAUUGUCUCAGCCGCAUUGCUGCCUCACAGACCCGUGACACAGGCACAUUCAGGUGUCCAAUAUGUAGAGAGUGCAUCACCAUACCUCGUGGCGGAGUAUCAGCCCUUCCCCCCUCCUUCCUGGUCAAUCAGCUGCUGGACCUGAUGGCACGACAGAGACGCGAGGUGGUGCCCAAGUGUUCGGUUCAUCUCAAUCAGGAGCUGUUGUUCUGUGAGACGUGCGACACGGUGUUCUGUUCACUGUGCACAGACGGCAGCCACUCUACAGCCUCCACGUCGUGUGAACACACAGUCAUCCCCUUCAGUAUAGCCAUCAAGCGCAUGUCCGAGAUACUGCUGUACAAGGCUAACGAGUGCAUCUCUAAGUUAUCGUUAGCAGAGGACGCAGUUAAUGGAGAGAUCACAAGACUGGAGCAGACGACGCGACAGUGUCUAGCCGGUCUGGACACAACGUUCCAGGAAAUCACAGCGGCAGUGGACCAACGUCGUGCUGAGCUCUGUGACGCAAUCACACUGGCGUGCGAUGCCAAGAAAAAGGUUCUUGAUGAACAGUUGGCGCUCAUUCAGUCAGAGAAGGACAAGGUGAGGGAGGAGUGUGACGGGCUGCAGCAGCAGGUGGAAGUGCGUUACAUCACUCGUCGCAUCAGCAGUCUCGGUGAGAAGCUGGACAGUGCGAGUGCAUUGGCUGAGCCUCGUGAGAACGCGUUCCUCGCAUGCGACCUUGCGAGUGACUCACUCAAGCGACUACAGGGAGCUCUGGCGACGCUUGGUCGAGUACGCACCUCCACCACCUUCCCCAGCCUGUGUACGCUGGUCGCUAAAGUCAAUAGUGACCGAACGGGAACAUUUAUUGCAGAGCCUUAUGUGGUCAACCUGGAGGCAGUGGCUGUGUUGAACACAGUCGAUUACCACGGUAACGCUCGCACCAACGGAGGGGACCCCAUCACUGCGGAGGUGAGAGCGGAGGGCCCCGCCGCAGACACCCCCGCUGCUACUGUGGAAGACAGGGAGGACGGGACAUACUUCAUACGCUUCAGGCCUUCGACACACGGCAGGUACUCUAUAUCAGUAAGUGUGCUGGACAGACCAGUGAAGGGGUCGCCACUACAGGUGACAGUGAGUGAGCACAACAACCCGGUCAGGUCCUACGGCAGUAGAGGCUCGGACAAGGAUCAGUUCCUGCAACCAGUGGCUGUGGCGGUCGACAACCAGUCUGGCGUGGUGUAUGUGGUGGACACUGGCAACUCUCGUGUGAAAGUAUUGACGCCAGAGUUGCAGCUGAUCCGUCACAUAGAGAGCUCAGGACUGGCCGGAAGAUCGUGCACCGGUGUGGCAGUACACGGGGACUGCGGCUGGCUAGCUACUGUCAACUGGCGCAGUCGCACAGUCACACGCCUCGACACGCACGGCGUCACGCUAGCCACGUUUACACACGCUGCGUUUGUUGAGCCUAUCGAUCUCGCGAUAGACACUAACUACGGACACAUUCUAGUCGCCGACAACGGACCCAGUUGUGUCUUUGUGUUUGACACUGAGGGGAAACUGUUGUUUCAGGUUGGCAAGAAGGGCAGCCAGAAAGGUUGUUUUAACCUCAUCUCGUGCGUGACUGUCGGUCCUGGCGGAGAAAUUGUUGUAGCCGACUCCAGAAUACAAAUCUUCUCUGCUAAAGGCGAUUUCCUGCAGGAAAUAUACCCCGAAGGAAAAGGCAAGGGAAGAUAUGGUGGCGUCGCAGUAGACCCUGAAGGUAUGAUAGUCGCAUCACGUUCAGAGAAAGGGCGCAACUUCAUCCAAGUCUUCCGCCUGAGUGAUGGGAAACUGUUAUCAACAAUUGAUUCACAUGAUUUUAAACUUAAGCGUCCGAGCGGUAUAGCUACUACGAAUGAUCGACACCUCAUCGUAGUAGAUCUCGGAAACGAUUGUAUCAAGAAAUAUCGAUACUGGUGAAUCAAUUAGCUUGUUAUGUGAACGGUGCUGUAUUUGUAAAUAUCUAGUGUUUUUCAUUUUUUUAACGUUUGAAUAGGCUUAAUUGAUUUUUACUCGUUUUAGUCUUGUAACUAAUGUAGCAACGAUUAUAUUCCCUUUCAUCGUGCCAAUAUGGUUUAUUAUCGCUUUUUGCGUUCUCUCGUCAUUUUUAUUCGUGUUUAGCGUACUGUACUGAUUUAUAAAGUAAUUUACUUAAGCCAUUUUAGUUUUAGUCCAACGUUGGCUUUAAUCCCCAAAAGCUUCAUUCUUGUGCAUUAUUUCUGUAGAAUCUUUUUCUUGUUUUCUUUUCUUCGUCAAAUAAAAGUGCAUUUUAUCUUACUUAACAUGGGUUUUCUACUACAGUAGACUCUCGCUCAUCUGGACUAAUG